CCGCUAAAGCCUCGUCCCGCCCUCCGCUGCUGAAGAAAUUAUAAGAAGAAGAUGCCCGCGUCCGUCGCAAUCGUGACUGGCGGCGCCGGCGACAUCGGCCAGGCCAUCGCCCGCAGGCUUAGCGACUCCCACGACCGGGUGGUGAUCCUCGACCACGACGGCAGCAGACUCGACGCAGCCCUCGCAGCCCUCGCCAGCGAGACGUUCGAGCGCUGUCUCUGCGAUAUCACCGACAGCUCGCAGGUGGCCGGCCUGCCUCGCCGCAUCUUCGGCCCUGAGGAGGACGCAGACGCAGACGCAGAUGCAGACGGCGGCGGUGCUGCGGUGCUGCGGACGCUGGUCAACAACGCCGGCGGCUCAGCAGCCUACAGCCUCCACGAGACCUCGCCGCAGGCCUGGCAGCGCGAGACAGCCCUCAACCUCGACGCAGCGUUCCUCUGCUUCAACGCCUUCGAGAGUCACCUCAAACGCUCGCGCGGCUCGGUCGUCAACAUCGCCUCCGUCAACGGGCUGGCCGUCUACGGGAACCCAGCCUACAGCGCCGCAAAGGCCGGCCUCGUCCACCUCACAAGGUCCAUCGCCGUGGAGUACGGCCGCUUCGGCAUUCGAGCCAACGCAGUCGCCCCUGGCACCGUCCGGACCGCUGCCUGGACCGCCAGACAGCAGGCCAACCCGCAGGUCUUCCGUGAUGUCGCGCAGUGGUACCCGCUCAACCGCAUCGUCGACCCGGAGGACGUGGCUCAUGCUGUGGCUUUCCUGGCCAGCGAGCACGCCGCGGCCAUCACGGGCGUCUGCCUGCCCGUCGACUGCGGUCUUACCGCGGGCCAGACGGCCGUUGCUCGGACUAUAACCCAGUCGGAGCACUACUAGGAACUCUACUCUGACGUUUUCUGGGGAUAUAAGAAAGCUUGUGCUGAGCCUCUAGAACUAUAACUAAAUACCCUUCUCUGGGGCUGAACGGAGAAUCCGAAAAGGCAGCGGCUACGGCAGAGAGACAGCAAAAGGGCAACGGAGAGAGAGAUAUUCAGGGAUACACGGAAAAAUGAUACCUCAUACCUGCUACGGAGUACAUAUGGACGCUUCACUAAAUGAAAACGUGCGUCUGUUGCUAUAUACCAUGCGCACUACACGCCUUCUUUACUACAAGGAAAAAAACAAACCCACAAUCAUUCAAUAGAUUAGCCCCCUUACCGUCCCACAGCCCUUGUUAUGGCACUCGAUGUUCCGGUCCUGCAUCUAUGCCAUAUAUCAAAAGAAGAAGAAAGGGAAAAAAAAAAAAAUUUACGUCCGCCCUCCCCCUUACACCACCUCCCUAACCCCCUUCUCCCUACAUCCUCCUCUCUCCUUCUCCCUCCCAAUUUCAAUCAAAAGGAAAAGAGAACUAUCAUAUUGCUCGAGAAAUGGCCACGAAGUCACACAGAUCCCCUGGCCGCUCUUGAUCAUUCACCCCUCGCCUGCUUCCCGUCUUUGUUCUCUCUCUCUCUUUUCUUUUUCCUUUUUGACAUUUUGUCUUCGUUCUUAACUUGGGAUUCUCUGCCUUGCCAGCAGAAGUGGCGCGCCCCCCCUUGCCCUGGCCCGCAAGCACCUGAGCCGAGCUGCAGUUUGCUCGAAUGAUCUCCACGGAGUUCAAAUCGACACCAAAUGGAAGAUCACAAUGAGGCCAAGCCGUCCAACUCUUCCCUUCCCUAGCCAGCACACACACGCUGUCCCGUCUCUGGCCCGGACUAGAAUCCCUCCUGCAAUCUGCAACCUACAUCCUGCUCCCAUACCCUGCCCUCCCCAGAGAAAACUCGAACGUCGCGAAUCGCCCUUGCCAUGUCCUGUGCCUCUUGCUGCCACCUUGCUGCUCCGUUGGCGCCCCUGUGUCGUGUCAUAUCCCGUCCCGUCCGGUCCUGUCCUGUUUGUUGGUAUUUUCUUUGCAGAUACACGUUCUACCUUUAUGCCUCUUAUGCCUGUUAUGCGCUGCGCUUCCCUGCCGAUAUUCCCCUCAUCUUAUUGUAUCGAAAUUUAACCGGACAGCGGACAGACGGACCGGACACCGACGGGCACAUGCAUAGAACACGGGCAUAGGCAGGUAUAGGUAGACGUACCUUUUACCAGACCAACUCCACACCCCUUACUGAUGUUGUGAUUACCCAACUUAACAUAUCCUUGGUCCUCAGACUUUUGCGCGCUUCGUCGUGCGUGGCAGUUAUUGGAAUAUGGCGUGAAGUAGUUAAAUAGAUUUAGAUCACAUAAUAUCAAGGGUUUGGUUUGGUUUGGUAUAUCAUUUCCCCUCGUCUGUAAACAUAUUGUCGGUUGAUUUCAGUGCAAGAGUAGUCUACGGCUUUGGCCGAAGGUGGAUUCAUUUUGUCGCCCGAACAUUGGAUAGACGCAAGCGUAGUGAGAUGCUGCUUGUUUGUUACUCUUCGAACGGCUGUCUUGCUUGUCACACUCUGGCAUUACUUGCCUGCUGUGCUACAUUGUCGGACUUUUAUGGUGACUUGUCUCGGAUACAUACAAGUAGAUCACUGUUUAUUCAAAGCCUGCCUUCGAUCCCUUCUCCGCCACUAUUCAGCUAGCCAUUGUUAACAUAACUAUUUAUGCAAUGUCUCAGACAGCAAAGUAGUACAACCUCGCUUCCCACCUAGAUAGAGCCUCAAUAUCCUAGAGAACUUCAACGCACGCCACCUAAUUAGGAUACAAUUCAACAAAUCAGUUAACGGCCUUCUGCUAGAUCCAAUAUUUCCAAUGCAACAUUUCGGAUCAUAUAUACUUACAAUUGCUACCCAAAAAAAUGCCAGCGAAGCAUAACACUAGUUAUUAACUGUUUAUUUGUAGUAAGUUGUACACCUAUCCUUCUCCGAUCAAACACCCGAGAUAUGGGAUUGGCCUGUAAAUAGAUAAGUAUAAAAGGGGCCACACGCACCAGCGUCCUUAUUGCUCAUAUGUAUCUGGAAUUCCGACCUCGACACAACUACAAAAACCACUGUACAGACUCAAUCUGUUACACAUUGAAUGGUAUGAACAGUAAAUCCCAUCUCGUUUCUACUUUGCCACUGAACUGAGAUUCCGAGUAUAGAUUUAUCCUGCUCCCUUAUUGUUCGUGUAAUUCGCACUAUAUAGUAACCCACUAUGAAGAUUUUUAUGGUACUUGCCGUACUCUGCGCUGCGACCCACGCCAGACCAGCAGUUGUCCCCGAUAAGCCGAGAUUUGGCUGCGUCCCUUGCCAAAACCAACAACAGCGGUGCUGUGAUACGGAUCUUUACUGCUGGGUUCGCGCUUGUGAUACCUCACCUACUCAUGGCUGGCAAGUAUUCCGUCUUUAAACUGGUUAGCUAUUGCUAAGCAUUCAUUAUGAGGGGUAGACGGAAUUUCAUUUCGAAACAAGGAUCCUGUAUUGAAUCGAAAACUUAUUUUUUAUUUGAACGAGUGAUUGGAGAUUAGGACAAAAGGAUAAGUUUGCUACUGCAACAAUAUACAUUACAUCAUUCAUCGUACUGGGCUAGGAAAUUUUAUGCGUUCAUUAACCAAUUAGCCUUGAGAUAUCAAGUCGAGAUAUACUUAUAUUCAACUGACCCCCUAUCCUGCAACUUGAGAUUUGAUAUGGAUAAAAAGAACAACCUUAUUGGAUAGGAAAUUAAGGUUGGUGCCCCAGGAUGACAUAAUAACCUUAAUAGCCAUUGCGUCGUCUUCUUAGAAAUAAUUCUUGAUUUUAAUUGGCUUGAUAUGUCUGGCCAAGCGCUCUGCCAAGCGCCAGCCGCG